GGUGGAAGGCACCUGUAGGGGACGGAAGGGGAGCAGGAAGGGAAGUGAAGGGGAAGGGAAAGAAGGCGAGGUAAAAGGAAAAAGAACCGAAGUAAAGGAAGUGAAGCCAAAUAGUAAACAAACAGAACCAAAAUAAACCAAGAUUACCAAAAUAAACAAAGAGAAGGAAGCGAACCAACCUUACAAAGCUCUGAAGGGCAGAGCGUGCUGGCUAUGUGUACGACUGGGAAGUGGCACUGAUGGGGCUCUGUGCAGAGCUCUGGGCUCGGAUUGGGGUCAGAAAAUCGGAUUUUGUCACAAUGAAAGGAAUUCAUGCCAACCUGGUGGCAGGAGGUGCAUUGCUUCAGUAAAAUGUCACCUGUGCACGCUUUUCCAGCUGCCAUUGCAGCCCUCCAUCACCAAGGGGUUGAGGGAAUGGCAGCCCCAUGGUGCCCCAUGGCUGAGCUGUGGUCCCUCCGCAGCGCUGUGUGUCACCGCCAUGCGCAGAGCAGUGCUGGGUCCCAGCCAAGAGGACAAGCCCAGGCCGGCCCUGGCUCCAUGGCUGCCCUGGAGACAUCACCGAGCAGCAAAAGGACGCGGGGAGAUGGAGGGGAGAGCACUGAGGAGAGGAACAAAACGAGGAGGCUCAGGAGCUGCCACAGUGGCAGGCAGGCGUCAGGGGGCCAAGGGCUGCACACGAGGCCUGGAGAAGCCAACAGAGCAGAGUGCUGCUGCCACGCAAGGAGCAGGAAAACACCACCGCAAACCCAGAAAGCAGAAGGCUCGCCCUGCUGCACACCAUGAGGACUUCAGCCAUGGGAGGAACUCUGACUCAGCCCAAAGUAACGCCAAAGGGGCACAGGUGGACAGGAAGGUCAGCACUAUUUCAUCAUCAGCUUCCACCGUUUCAGACUCCAGCCAAACAGAUCUCAGCCUUUCUGCUCAGUUUAAGGAAAGCCUUCGGUGGGAUGGGAUCCUGGAGGACCCCGCAGCGGAGGAGGAGAGGCUGCAAAUCUACAGGCUGAACAGAAGGAAGCGGUACGAGCUGUACCUGCAGCAACACCGCCCCACUGCAGGGCAUCCCCCAUCACUGUGCUCCCGUCACACAGAGCAUUGCUGCAGUUCUUUUCCAAGGCAGCAAACAGCUCCUGAAUGCUGAGCGAGCCCUCCGAGAUGAAGCCCGAGCUGUCAGCAGAAAGCUCUCAGCAAGCUCUGCAGCUCAGCACCCAUUGCUCACCAGUUUGUAACCACACAAAGAAUGGGAUAUUUGCAGGGGGGGUAAAUGAUGUAUUUAUUUCUAUGCAAACACCGUAAGAACUACGGAAAAGCUUUGAGUGAAAAAGGAAUGAAAGACAACGGAGGCCUCCCUGCAUUACGCUUUUCAGAUGGUUUAUUAUUAGUGAAGUAAAAGACAACUGAAAGUGAGAGGGGGGGGAAAACUCCAUGGCCAUCAGAGCGCUUGCACAGAGCUGACCAGAGCUUCGCAGAUGUUGGAGCAUAAAUAAUCUAAAAAGUAUCUCUACUAAUUAAAACACAUUAAAA